AAGCAAAACCCGGUUUCUCUCUGGGCUCUGGCCCUCUCAGAUUGGGACCCCCCUUUUCUCUUCUUCUCCCGAUCCUACUACGACACUUAGAAACCCCCAAAAUUGUCGCCCAAAACAAAUACCUUCUUUAGUCAAUCAACCACUGAUUUUGUUGGAUAGAUUUUCUCUCUCAUUUAAACACAAAAUCAAUCAAAUAGGAAAAGGAAGUUAUGGAUUCGGACGAGGAGGAUUACGUGUUCUUCGGUAAACCGAUAGAGCGUGAGGAAGAGAUCACCAACCGUCGGAAAAAAGCCGCCGCCGAGGCUUCUGGCAACCUCCGCUCCCUCCCUCCCUGGAAGCAAGAGGUUAGAGAUGAAGAAGGACGAAGAAGAUUCCAUGGUGCAUUUACAGGUGGAUUUUCUGCUGGUUAUUUUAAUACAGUGGGCACUAAGGAGGGUUGGGCCCCUCAGUCAUUUACUUCAUCACGGAAGAACAGAGCAGAAGUCAAACAGCAGAGCAUUUUCAACUUUUUAGAUGAAGAUGAGAAAACUGAAUUGGAAAGUCAGAAUUUGGGAACAUCUUCACAGUUUGACACAUUUGGAUUUACAGCUGCUGAGUAUGCUCGCAAACAAGCCAAUAAGGAACAAAAGCAAAGGCCAUCUGCAAUUCCUGGACCUGUUCCUGAUGAACUUAUUCUUCCAGCCUCUGAGUCUAUAGGUGUAAAAUUGCUGCUGAAGAUGGGAUGGCGGCGUGGCCGUGCAAUUAAGGACUUGCAUGCAAGUUCAUUAUAUGAUGCUCGUAGAGAAGCUAGAAAAGCUUUCCUAGCAUUUGCUUCCGAGGAUACAAAGGCAUCACAUCCUACUGACUUUGAGCCUGUUGAGGGUGAACCUGAAAACUUCCUUGCGCAGCCUGCAGAUGAUGAUGCUCAGUCUUCUCAAAGCUUACCUGUUUUUGUGAUCAACCCUAAGCAGGACUUACAUGGUUUAGGAUAUGAUCCAUUCAAGCAUGCUCCUGAGUUCAGGGAAAAGAAGAGAUCACGCUUGUCCAAUGAUAAGCAGCAUGGCUACAGAAAAGCUAUUUCAAUAAAAGAUAGUCUCUUUGGUUCCAAGUCAGGAAAAGCUGCUUCUGGGUUUGGAAUUGGUGCACUUGAAGAAUUUGAUGCUGAAGAUGAGGAUAUCUAUGCUGCUGGUUAUGACUUUGAAGAAACAGUCAUUGAAGAGGAUGAAGAGCCAUCGAGAUUGAGCGUAGAGAGUAAAAAAAAGGCAGUUAGAAAAGACCAGGGUGUUCUGCGUGGUUUCAAAGUUGCAACAGUUUCUGACUACCAGUUAGAAAGGUUUGAUCCUCCUAUAAUCCCAAAGGAUUUUGUUCCACACCACAAAUUUCCUGGACCUCUUGAGACUCUGAAGAAGCUCGAUGUUCCCUCACCCCCAGAGGUUCCUCCUCCAGAUGAUAAUAAUUUGAAACUCUUAAUUGAGGGGGUUGCAACAUUAGUAGCUAGAUGUGGUAAAUUGUUUGAGGAUCUUUCCAGAAAGAAGAAUCAGUCAAAUCCUUUAUUUAGUUUUCUUUCUGGAGGAAAUGGACAUGAUUAUUAUGAUAGGAAGCUGUGGGAGGAGCAUCAGAAACGUGGUGAUCAAGCUAAGCUGUCAUUGGAUGGAAAACUUUCUCCGAGUGUGCAGAAGAUGACAGCAGAGAACCGCGGCAAAUUAUUAGGAGAAAAACCUUUGGAAAGAAGCUCGAGAGAGACCACAAGCUCAUCUGUUGCUUCUGGGGACUUUGUUCAACUUCAAUUCAAUCUUUCCGAUACAUUUAAAAAACCUGAAUCAUUUAAUGAGUUGCCAGAAGUUGCAAAACCAUUCAAAGAUGAUCCUGCAAAGCAAGAAAGAUUUGAACAGUUUCUCAAGGAAAAGUAUGAAGGAGGGCUUCGUUCUAUGGGGUCUAGCGCGGCUAGUAAUAUGUCAGAAGCAGCUCGUGCCCAUGAGAGAUUGGAUUUUGAGGCAGCUGCUGAGGCAAUAGAGAAAGGGAAACGGGGAAAGGAAAGCUUGAUUUCUGAACAGCCAUUUGACUUUUUAGCCACUGGAAUGCAGUUUACUUCCGGUGUACAAGAGGUUAAAGAUACUCAUGCUGAAAAUUUGAUGACAAAGAAAAUGUACCCGAGAAGGGAAGAGUUCCAAUGGCGGCCUUUGCCUGUUUUGUGCAAGCGCUUUGAUCUCAUUGAUCCUUUUAUGGGGAAGCCACCACCAGCUCCACGCAUGAGAAGUAAGAUUGAUUCUCUACUUUUCAUGCCAGAUUAUGUUAAAGGUGCUAAACUGGAAGAAGAUCUUGUUACAAAUAGAGAUGUUCCUGUUGCUCAAACUGAUGCUCAAAAGACAAUUGAAGACGUAGCUGGAAAGGAAAUUGAAGUUGCAGCUGAAAAUGUUGAAAGGCCUGUUGAUCUCUACAAGGCAAUUUUUUCUGAUGAUUCUGAUGAAGAUGUAGAAGACAUUAAUACCAAGAAAGUGGAGGAUCAGGAGAAGAAGAUUGAAGUGGCAACCACGACACUAAACCGUUUGAUAGCAGGUGACUUUCUAGAAUCCCUGGGAAAAGAACUGGGCUUGGAGGUUCCCCCUGACAUGCCCUACUCAACGAAUAAUGUCAGCACUCCUACUCAGAAAGAAACACCUAAUGGUGAAAAUGCUAUACUCAGUCCUCUUGAAGGUAGAACUUUUUGUGCCCCUAAAUCUGUCAGUGGAACUUCUCUAAACCCUGGACAAGAAACCGCUCAAGAUGGUGAAUUGGCAAAAAAUGAAUCCAUUCCUGGCAGGUCUGUAAGAUAUAGUAGCAAAUAUCCUGAUGGUCUAUCUGAGAACAUAUCUGGUAAAGUCAAUAUGGAAAAGAUUGCUCAAGAGGAUAAGAAAGGCAAAUCAUCCUCUAGGCAUCAGAGAAACUGGAGCAGCAGUUCUUCAUCAGAAGAUGAAAGGAGUAGAAAACAAUCCAGGCGGCAUCGUUAUAGAAGCAGUGAUUCAUAUAGUGAUUCAGCUAGUGAUCAUCAUGAUCGCUACCGUUCUAGGUCAAAAGGGAGAAGGAAAAAAUCCUCCCGGGAAAAGAGUAGUAGCAGCAGAAAACACUCAAAACAUCAUAAGCACAGAAACAGGGACUCUCCCAGCAGGUCCCAUCAAGUUUCUGAGAGGGAACAUUCAGAAGCCAGGAAAGAGAAACGGAUACGAAGGGAUUGAACAUUAGCUUCUAUUCUUUCCAUUCCUAUCUCCAUCCAGAAAUUUCUGGUCGUGUAGCUUCAUGGAUUAAGUGCCCGAAAUUUGACAGAUAAUCAGUUUGUUUGAUGUUCCGGGGCAAGGUUCUCACCAUUAAAUGUUUUGGAAAUCCUUCACUUGCAUGGCGCUUAUGCCGUUGCUUCCUUUUUACAUCCAGAGGUAUGUACGAGCCAUGGAGGAGGGAAGUAAAUCAAUGGCGGGGUUGGGGUUUUUUGAGAGAUAGGUGAUGGUCGUAAUGUGAACAAGUCAGCAGCCAAAGCUACUGUUUUGAUAUUUCUCCUGAUUACCGUAUUUUUAUCGAACAUAAAAUGUGUAAGCCCUAUGCAUUAUGAAUGACCGUUGUGUAAAUGAUUAUCAAUGUAAUGUUGGAAUAAUGCGAAGGAAUCGUCUCUGGACUCCCAAAUAAAUCUCCUAAUCUGCAUCUUCUCGGUUCUACUUUUGAAAUGAACUCAUCAAUGAUUUGCCCUCUCAAUAAAUAUCUGAAUUACUUUUUCUAUGUUAU